CUUUUUAAUCUCUUAACAAGUGAUUUUUGAAUUUUGGUGUCAAUCUAAGAAAUAUUUGUCUAACCCAAGGUUAAAAAGUGUUUCUUCAAUCUUUUUCGAGUGCACGGUGAACCUGCUUCACAACAUGCAGUUCAUUCAUUUUCAUUACUGUACAGCAUUCCAUUGAAUGAUUGUGCCACAAUUUACCCAUUCUACUGUUGAUGGACAUUUGGAUUUUAUCUGUGAUCUAGUAUUAGAAAUAGUGCUGCUAUGAGCAUCCAUAUAUUUGUUUUCUAGAGCACAUGUGCCUGAUUUUCUCUAAGAUGUGUACCUAGGAGUAGAAUUGCUGGGUCAUGGUAUAUGCAAACCAUUAACGUUUGUAAAUAAUGCCAAACUGUUACCAAAGCGAUUAUACCAGUUUAUAUUCCUGCUUAUGUUAUUUUAAUCUGUUUAAUUAUAACCUUUCUUGUGGGUGUACAGUGGUGUCUCAAUGUGGCUUAAUUUUUCACUUACCUGAUUGCUAAUGGGGUUGAGUACAUUAUCUUAUGUUCAUAGAUCAUUUGGUUUUGCUUUUCAGUGAAGUACCUAUUCACUUCUCUUAUCCAUUCUUUUGUGUGUGUUUCUUAUUGAUUUGAAGGGGUUAUUUUAUAUAUUCUAGAUAUGAUACCUUUAUUCCCCAAGAAUAUUGCCAGUAAUUUCCCCAUCUGUGGCUUGCCUUUUCAUUGUAGUACUUUUGAUCUUGUAACACUUGUCUUUUCCUUUAUGAGGAGUGCUUUUCAUGUUUUGUUAUAGAAUUCUUUCGCUACUCCAAAGCUUAUGAAGACAUUUUCCUAUAUUAUUUUAUAGACACUUAAUUGGUUACCUCUCACAUUAGAUUUACAAUUUACCUGUAGCUGAUUUUUAUGUGUGGCUAGAGGGGUUAAAUUUCAUUUUCUCCAUAUAGAUAUCUAAUAACCCAUCCACAUCUAUUGAAAAGGUCAUCUUCUCCCUACUGCUUUACUGUGCCAACUUUGUUAUAAAUCAGGUGUCUAUACAUGUGUGGAUUCCCUUUUUAGUUCCACUGGACUGUUUGUCUAUCCUUGUGCUGAUAUGACAUUGUCUCAAGUAUUCUCUUACUUAGUUUUUUUUUUUAACUGUGAUUUGUGAUUCUCCCACAAAGUAGAUCACUAACUUGAUAUGAAAUAGACAUCCAGUAUUGAGUCAUCAUGAUGAACCAGGAACCCAAUCAAAAGUUCCCGUGCAUUUUAUCCUCAUCAUCUAGUGGUCAGCAUUUUAAAAUAAAAGGAAUGUACCAUUACAGGGGCUAGUGACAUUUGAAGAUGUAGCUGUGGAUUUCACCCAGGAGGAGUGGCAGUACCUGAACCCACCACAGAGGACCCUGUACAGAGACGUGAUGCUGGAGACCUACAGCAACUUGGUCUUUGUGGCAGGUUACCAAACCAAACCUCAUCCUCAAGUUGGAGGUAGAAGAAUGCCCGGCAGAAGGAAAAAUCCCGUUCUGGAACUUUCCAGAAGUCUGUCAAGUUGAUGAACAGAUUGAGAGGGAACAUCAGGAUGACCAAGAUAAAUGUCUGCUGAUGCAAGUUGGAUUUUCUGACAAGAAAACAAUUACCACCAAGAGUGCUCGUGACUGUCAUGAGUUUGGAAACAUACUUCAUCUGAGUACAAACCUUGUUGCUUCAAUACAAAGACCUGAUAAACACGAAUCAUUUGGAAAUAAUAUGGUAGAUAAUUUAGACUUAUUUAGUAGACGUUCUGCAGAAAAUAAAUAUGAUAAUGGAUGUGCAAAAUUGUUCUUCCAUACUGAGUAUGAGAAAACAAAUCCUGGAGUGAAGCCCUGUGGCUAUAAAGAGUGUGGGAAAGGUCUUAGGCGAAAGAAAGGCCUUAGUCUACAUCAGAGAAUUAAAAAUGGAGAGAAACCCUUUGAAUGUACUGCAUGUAGGAAAACCUUCAGCAAGAAGUCACACCUCAUUGUACAUUGGAGAACUCAUACGGGAGAGAAACCUUUUGGAUGUACCGAAUGUGGAAAAGCCUUUAGUCAAAAAUCUCAACUCAUUAUACACUUGCGAACUCAUACAGGAGAGAGACCCUUUGAGUGUCCUGAAUGUGGAAAAGCCUUCAGAGAAAAGUCAACUGUCAUCAUACAUUACAGGACUCACACAGGAGAAAAACCUUAUGAAUGUAAUGAAUGUGGAAAAGCCUUCACUCAGAAGUCCAACCUCAUUGUCCAUCAGAAAACCCACACUGGAGAGAAAACCUAUGAAUGCACUAAAUGUGGAGAAUCUUUCAUACAGAAGCUUGAUCUAAUUAUACAUCAUAGUACCCAUACAGGAAAGAAACCCCAUGAAUGUAAUGAGUGUAAGAAAACUUUCAGUGAUAAGUCAACUCUCAUUAUACACCAGAGAACUCAUACAGGAGAGAAACCUCAUAAAUGUACUGAAUGUGGGAAGUCUUUCAAUGAGAAGUCAACCCUCAUUGUGCAUCAAAGAACUCAUACAGGAGAGAAACCCUAUGAAUGUGAUGUGUGUGGGAAAACCUUCACGCAAAAGUCAAACCUUGGUGUACAUCAGAGAACUCAUUCAGGAGAGAAACCGUUUGAAUGUAAUGAAUGUGAGAAAGCCUUCUCUCAGAAGUCCUACCUCAUGCUACAUCAGAGAGGUCAUACAGGAGAGAAACCUUAUGAGUGCAAUGAAUGUGAAAAAGCAUUUUCACAGAAAUCAUAUCUCAUUAUACAUCAAAGAACUCAUACGGAAGAAAAACCCUAUAAAUGUAAUGAAUGUGGCAAAGCCUUCAGAGAAAAGUCAAAGCUCAUUAUACAUCAGAGAAUUCAUACAGGAGAGAAACCCUAUGAAUGUCCUGUGUGUUGGAAAGCUUUUAGCCAGAAGUCACAGCUCAUAAUACAUCAGAGAACGCACACGGGAGAGAAACCCUAUGCAUGCACUGAGUGUGGCAAAGCCUUCCGAGAAAAGUCAACAUUCACUGUACAUCAAAGAACUCAUACUGGAGAGAAACCCUAUAAAUGUACAGAAUGUGGGAAAGCCUUUACCCAAAAAUCAAACCUUAUUGUACAUCAGCGAACCCAUACAGGAAAGAAAGCCCAUGGAAGAGGCCACACUCGGAAGUCAAAGUUCAUGGCACAUUAGAGAGCUAAUCAGCAGUAUCUAUUAUGGACACUGAAAGAAAGUUGUGUCAGUUUUACUCACAUUUUAAAAGUAUAUUCUGACUUGUGGUUUAAAUAUGGGAGUAAAUUCAGCCUUUCUUCUUUUCAUCUCAGUCAUAACCCAAAAGCUAUGGGAGAAAAAGCAGAAGUAUAAUCUCUGUAUCUGACAAAAUUAGGAGACAGCUGCAACCCUAAUGAGAGGGCUGCCACAGGCAGAGGAAAUGAAGCACUGGUGCAGAGGAUUUCAGAGUGAGCGUGCUCAAGGCUGCAGAUGUGAGACAGCACUGGUAAGGACUCCUAGCUGAGGUUCGGGAUAUACCCUGAGGCGCGGAACCAUAGAUAUAACUGUGGUAACAGUGCAUGGGCAGGUAGGAGGUAGGAUGUUUCCUAGACCAUUUGGGGUCUGAGGAGAAACAGGCUGGGGCCUCGAGAAGGAGUCACUCAGGCAAGCCAUAUUUGUAGAAAGUAGUCUACUGAUGGGAGCAACAGUUAUGGGGUGCUGGGGGAAGAGAAGGGACUUUUCCUUGUGAAGAGCCCUACAGUUGCCCCUAUUUACUGACUUGGGAGAAGUAAAGUCAGAAAGAACUAACAGAUGUGGGGGAAAAAAUUCUCAGUUGUCAAAAAAAACGGAUCUGCUUAGAAUGUGGUCCUGGUUUCUUUUCCCACAUGAACCUCCAGCAAAUAGCAAGUCCAGGGAAAACUCUUCUCAUUCAAAGAGGAAUUAUUCAAAAGUAAUCAAAACCACAAAUGCAUAUGGUUUUUGGGCCAGCAAUUCCACUUUUAGGAAUGUACAUACACAUGUACAAAAUGAUGAACAUACAGAAGUAUUCAUUAAUGCACUGUUUGUGAAAACAAAAGAUUGGAAGCUGUCUAAAUGACACCAUAUCAGGGUUCUGGUUCCCUAAAUUGUGGUAUAUUCAUACAGCCUACUCCUGGGUAGACAACAAUGAAUAAAUAAGGAGAACUUGGAUACCAUUUAUGUAGUGAUGUGGGAUAACCUUCAGUUUAUGUUAUUAGGUAGGAAAAACAAGGUUGAGGACAGUGAGUAUAAUACGCUGCCAUUUGUAUAUAAAAAGGAGAAAAAUGGUAAGUACAUAAUUGUGAAUUCAUAAGUUAUCUCUGGAAAGAGACAAGAGAACCUGGUAACCCUGAUUACCUUGGGAGGGGAAGGAGCAGUGGUGGCUGGGGGGAUGGAAUUGAGAGGGAGACAACUGUAUCCUUUCAUAGCUUUUGAAAAUGUGGGUGUACUAUGUACUAUGUGGAUGUACUACCUUUUCAAAAAUAAAACAUUUAAAAAGCU